AUGGCAACAGUGCCCAUUUUCAACACCUACAUGCACGCCAAAAAAAUCGAGCGCCUUCUCAACAAGGUCUGUGUCAGUGCGGUUCGGCCGUCCUCCCUGCUAGUGUCACCAAGGUGUUCGUCCGCUUCUCAAGAUAUAAGCAUAUUUUGCCUAGUCGCUUGCGAAUUCGCCUUCAUCUACAGCCUGACCUCUGCAUCAAUACCCUCUUCGGACGGGCGGUUUACCAUACUCGUCUCAUCUGUCAGGCUGCCAUCUUUGAACCUGACCGAGAUCUAUUCCUACCGCUUGCUCCCGCCAGAUAUAUGCGAGGCAAUGCGUCUUUUGCGACGCAGCGAUACUGGCGAGUUCGCUCUUACUCAGUUUCGCGACGAGGUCAUCCCUCCCUAUGCGAUCCUCUCACAUACCUGGACCGAGGGCCACGAAGUCACCUUCCGCGAAUUGGAGGACAGAACCGGACCAAAGGCUGGCUACGACAAGAUUAAUUUUUGUGGACAGCAGGCUGAGCGCGAUGGCUUGGGAUACUUCUGGGUGGACACUUGCUGCACUAUACAGACUCACCACCGACGACAACGCCCUACGAAAAGGGUGGCAUAUGCCGCCGAAAAUGGCGGCAGAAUGUACAUAGCUUUUCAAUACAAACGUAUUAAUAUUUCUGUACCGUUACCUAAGAAUCCUUGA